GUCCCGGUAACGUGUCGGACUUUUACCCCAGAGUUACUAAUAAAGUGUCAUCUGUAACUACGCCUGUUUAAAAAUGACGGAAGAGAAAAUUGGCUCGUUAGAGGAGGAGGCUUUAAAAAGAAAGGAGCGGCUUCAGGCGCUCAAGCGGAAGAACGACGAGGGCAAGGAAACUGCGGACACGAUCGAAAAUUUGCCGAGGCCAAAAUUUCGGAGUUACAAGCCGCAGGACGAGAGCCUCAAGAGUAAUGUGAUAGAGGAAGCGAAACCCGGCGACGUGGAAGCCGUAGUCCAGGAACAGCUGGACGCUGCGAACACUAAAGUGGUUAUCGAGGAACUGGACAUCAGUAAUUUAGCACCAAGAAAGCCUGACUGGGACCUAAAGCGUGAUAUAGCCAAAAAAUUGGAGAUAUUAGAGAGGAGGACGCAGAAGGCGAUAGCGGAAGAAGUGAGGGCACGUCUGAAAAAAGGCGAACAGAAUCUAGCAGCUUACGUAAAUAAUCCUGAAAAAGAUUGAAUAGCACCGUGAACAGAAAUAUGUAUAUUUUGUAACAAAUUGUGUAUUUUUUUAUUUAUACAAUAUAUAUUUUAUAAUCAACAUUUAUUUGUAGCUCAUCGUUAUUUCUUAUAAGUAACGCGUGGGACUUAAAUAGCUUGUACGGCUUCUUACGAAUUAAAUAUCCGCUUAAAUUCA